AUGGACCAUGGGCACUGGUGCGAGAGGCUGGUGCAGGUGACGGAGGAGCAGGUGGUGACCCCGCGGCAGGAGGAAGUGGUGCCCUGCGCCCAGGUCUACCAAUACAACAUGGCUGGCUGGCUGCUUGACCAGGAGAGGAUGCGCCAGGCCAGCGGCAGAGUGGACAACAUGUGCUACGUCUACAAGCCGGAGGACACUAGGCCCACGGUUUGGAACCGCACAGUGCGCGUGUGCUGUGAAGGCUGGAGCGGCCCCCAUUGCUCGGAAGGAGAGGGCUCCGUGGGCCGCUGCUUCUCUGCCUGGCAGUGCCAGGACAUGCCUGGAUUGCAGAACGCCUCACUGCUCAGCCUGGAGGAGUGCUGCAGCCACCCCUGGGGACACAGCUGGCAAAACGCCUCCUCCCAGCUCUGUUUCGGAUGCUCCUCUCUCACCCUGAAAGAUGACCUGCCUUCCCCCUUCUUGCUUCGGCUGCCAGGCCCCACAGCACUCCUGGCCCACUCAGGGCAUCGCCAGCGCCCCUUUGCCACGUGUGUGACCUGGGCCAGCAUCCACUACCGCACCUUCGACGGCAAGCAUUUCCGGUUCCAUGGGACCUGCACCUAUGCCUUGGCUGCUGCUUCUGAUGGCACCUGGGCCAUCUACCUCUCUUCCAGCCACAGGGGCUGUACUUCUGGCCGGUGCCCCAGGACCCUGCGCAUGCUGUUUGGCCUGGACUGGGUUGUGACUGAAGGCCGGAACCUCUCCGUGAAUGGUGCUCCGGUGGCAGAAGGAGAAGCCCGCUUGCAGAAAGGAAUCAGCGUUUGGUGGCUGGGGGACUUCCUCUUUGUGGAGAGUGGCCUGGGGGUCCGGGUGAAGUUCGAUGGGCAUGACACCGUCUACAUCACCGUUGGAGUGGAUCAGAGAAGGGCCACCCGAGGGCUCUGUGGGGUCUACAACGACGAUCCUACAGAUGACUUCCUGCGCGUGGGAGGAGACGUGGUUGCUUUAGCAGCCAGCUUCGGUAAUUCGUGGCGUAUCCCGGACUCCAGCUCAAGCACCUGUGAGGAUGCUGCAGAGGAAAUGCACAGCUGCCAUGCUACGGUGGCAAGCCACGCAGCUCAGCAGGAGGCGGCAUCUGUGUGCCAACAGCUGAUGUCCAGCCCUUUCAGCCAGUGCCACUCGGAGGUGGGACCCAGUGACUUCUAUGACACCUGUAUGUAUGCACACUGCAGCCAAGCAGGGGACAACGCCAUCUGUGAGACCUUUGCCAGCUACGCACGAGAGUGCGCCCAGCACAGCAUCUUUGUCAACUGGAGGCGUCCCGGAUUCUGUGAGAAGUCCUGCGUCCAAGGCAAGCACUAUUCAGAUUGCGUGUCCUCAUGCCCUGCCAGCUGCGCGGCGGUGGGUACUGCAGAGGAAGGACAUUGUCGGGAUGAGUGCGUGAGCGGCUGUGAGUGCCCCCCAGGUCUCUACCUGGAGCAAGGUGCCUGCAUCCCAGAGAGCCAGUGUCCCUGCUUUCACCGGCGCCAGAAGUAUGCCCCGGGGGAGACACUCCAGCAGCACUGCAACCAGUGCUCCUGCCAAGGGGGCCACUGGCAUUGCUCCCAGGACCCAUGUGCCGGGGAGUGCGCUGUGCUUGGCCACUCGCACUACCUGACCUUUGACCGCAAGCGCUACUCCUUCCGCGGGGCCUGCGAGUACAUCCUGGUGCAGGAUUUUGUGGAUGGGAAACUCCAGAUUACAGCAGAAAAUGUGGCGUGUGGGAGCCAAGGAUCCACCAGCUGCCUCCAGGCUAUCAGUGUCGCUGUGCAGAAGGUCUCUGCCCGGCUCUCCUUCUCAGGGGAGGUUUCGGUGAACGGGCAGAAAGUCAGCCUCCCUUUUGCCAGUGCCGACCUGAGUGUGCGCUGGGCUUCUUCCUCCUUUCUGCUCCUCCAGACCUUUGGGGCCCACAUCCUCUGGGGCUUGGAGUCCCCUGCUGCCUACAUCACUCUCCAGCCCAGCUUCGCCAACAAGGUGCAAGGCCUUUGUGGCACCUACAAUUGGAACCAGCAGGAUGAAUUCACCACCCCGGAGGGCGACGUAGAGCCCAGUGCCACUGCUUUUGCCCACAAGUUCCGGGUCACCCACGACUGCCCCUUUUCAGCCGCUUUGGCCCCUGACCCCUGCAGCACCUAUGCCCAGCAGAGGGAAUUUGCUGAAGCCACCUGCGCUGUCCUCCAUGGCCAGUCCUUCCAGCCCUGCCAUGACCUGGUGGAGCAAGAGCCUUUCUACCAGCUCUGCCUUCAUGAUGUCUGUGGUUGUGCAGCUGGCAGUGAUUGCUUGUGCAGCGCGGUGGGUGCCUAUGCCAGGCGCUGUGCCCAGGAGGGAGCCCUUGUGGCUUGGAGGAACCAGAGCUCCUGCCCUGUCCAGUGCUCCGGGGGCCAAGUGUACCAGGAAUGUGCUGCCCCUUGCCAAAGAACCUGCGCAGAGCUUGGCGUGGAAGCCUUUGGCACUUGCCGGGAGCUGGACCGGCUCUGCGUGGCCGGGUGCAACUGUCCAGUGGGGCUGGUGUUAGAUGACCAUGGCCAGUGUAUCCAGCCAGCCAUGUGCCCCUGCGUUCACGGGGGAGAAGCACAUCCCCCUGGUAGCAAGAUCCAGAAGAGCUGCAACACCUGCAUCUGUCUGAAUGGGGCCUGGGACUGCACAGAGGAGAACUGCCCCCAAGCCAUCGUCUGCCCUGGAGAACUGGUCUAUGCCUUUGGCUCAUGCCUGCGGACCUGCGAGGACCCAGAAGGCAACCUCACCUGUGGACCUGGCUCCUCCGACAGCUGCGUUUGCCCUCCUGGCACCGUCUUCUUGAACGAACGCUGCGUCUCCCCGGAGGAGUGCCCCUGCCAUCACAACGGCCGCCUGCACCAGCCCAACGGCACCAUCGCCAAAGACUGCAACACUUGCAUUUGCCAAAGCAGACGCUGGGAGUGCACCCACCGCCACUGCGCUGGGACAUGUGUGGCCACUGGAGACCCUCACUACAUCACCUUCGAUGGGCGGCCCUACACUUUCUUGGGGGAUUGUGAGUACGUCCUGGUGCGCGAGACCAGCGGCGCUUUCACAGUCACUGCUGAGAACGUACCCUGCGGCACGAGUGGCACCACCUGCACCAAAUCCAUCGUGGUGCUCAUUGGCAACAUGGUGAUUCAUCUGCUCCGAGGCAAAGACGUGACGGUGAACGGGGUCUCAGUGCGUCCUCCAAAGACUUACAGCGGAAACGGCUUGACCCUCGAGAGAGCAGGGCUGUUCCUGGCCCUCAUUUCUCAUCUGGGGCUGACGGUUCUCUGGGACGGAGGCACACGAGUGGACAUCAAGUUGGACCCCAUGUACCAAGGUCGUGUGGCAGGGCUUUGUGGGAACUUUGACGGUGACACAGAGAAUGAUUUCACCAGCCGGCAAGGCAUUGUGGAGCCUACAGCUGACCUCUUUGGCAAUUCCUGGCGCGUCAGCCUCCUCUGCCCAGAAGUUAGCAGUGAGGACUUUGAGCACCCAUGCACGGUGAACUCUCACCGCGUGACGUGGGCUCGGAAACGCUGCGGAGUCCUCCUGCAGGAGCUGUUUGCCCCGUGCCACGAGGAGCUGCCCUGCCAGCAGUUCUAUGACUGGUGUGUCUUCGAUGCCUGCGGGUGUGACUCUGGGGGGGACUGUGAGUGCCUUUGCACCGCCAUCGCCAGUUACGCCAAGGAGUGCAGCCAACGCGGGGUCUCUGUCCGCUGGAGGAGCCAAGAUCUCUGCCCCAUACAGUGUGACAAUGGGCUGGAGUAUGACCCUUGUGGCCCUGCCUGUCCACAAACCUGCGAGAACUUUGGCCUGGAGCUGGCUGAACACUGUGAGACCCUUUCGUGCGUGGAAGGCUGCUUCUGCCCGGAGGGGAAGGUGCUGCACAGAGGCCACUGCAUCGACCCGUCCGAGUGCCCCUGCUACUGGGAAGGCACGCUGUUCCCACUGGGUGCCCUAGUGAUUCAGGAGUGUAGGAACUGCUCCUGUGAGGCUGGUCUGUGGCAGUGCAUGGCCCCUCUGGAACCCUGCGAUGCUCAGUCCCACUGUGCUGAGACAGAGUUUGCCUGCCACACUGGCGGGCGAUGUGUGCCCAGUGCAUGGGUGUGUGACAAUGAGGACGACUGUGGGGACGACUCCGAUGAGUUCUGCGUCCUGAGCUGCGCCCCACACCAAUACCAGUGUGUUAGCGGGCAGUGUGUGCCCUGGGGUUACCGCUGCGAUGGCACUGCAGACUGCUUGGACCAUUCGGAUGAGAGGGGCUGCCCACUGCCCGCUUGUGCCCAGCAGGAGUUCCGCUGUGCCAAUGGCCGCUGCGUCCCCCGGGAACACGUCUGCGAUGGGGAGCUUGACUGUGGCUUUGCGGAUCAUUCGGAUGAAGUGGGUUGCGGCCCCCCUUGUGAGCCCAGUGAGUUCCGUUGCGCAGUUGGGCGCUGCCUGCCCUACCUCCAGCAUUGCGAUGGGCAUGACGACUGUGGGGACUUCAGUGAUGAGCGUGGCUGCCUGUGCCCAGCUGGGGAAUUCCAGUGCCCAGAAGGGCAGUGCCUGUCCAGAGCUCUGGUUUGUGAUGGUCAACCGGACUGCCCCGCUGGGGUCGAUGAGGCCUUCUGCCCAGGCCGAGUGACUUGUGCCCCAGGGCAGCUGCCUUGCCCAGAUGGAACCUGUGUCAGCCUCACACAGGUGUGCGAUGGCGUGCGUGACUGCGCCGACGGGGCUGAUGAGGAUCUUGCAAAGUGCCUUGUGACGCAGGCCACACCUUGGGCGGCCACCGUUCCCCUAGGAUUCCCUGCCACGCAACAGCCACCUGCCAGCAGGACCCUCGCGCCUCCCUGCGGCCGCUACGAGUUCCACUGCCACAGUGGUGAGUGCCAGCCCCGGGGCUGGAUGUGUGAUAAUGAAGCCGACUGCCUGGACGGCAGCGACGAGCUGCACUGCAACCGGACAUGUGGCCUGGACCAGUUCCCGUGUGCCCUGGGUGGCGAGUGCAUCCACUACAGCCGCCUGUGCGAUGGGCUGCCCCACUGCCAGGACCAGUCAGACGAGAGCAUCGACACGUGCGGAUCCACUCAGAUCCCGCCGUGCCCAGGGUACUUUAUUUGCAACAACCGCAUGUGCAUCAACGUUUCUCGAGUGUGUGACGGAUCCUCAGACUGUGCCCAGGGUGAAGAUGAGCUGGCCUGCGAAAGCCAGAGGCCUCCUCCUGGAGAAAGGAACCAGACCGUCGGACCUUGUAAGGAAUAUUCAUGUGGAGAUGGCACCUGCAUCACCUUUAAACAGGUCUGCAAUGGUCUGGCUGACUGCACAGAUGGCACCGAGGCGUCCGGGUGGCUCCCUUCGGACGAGUGGGACUGUGGGCUCUGGACCCCUUGGGCCGCCUGGAGCGCCUGCAGCCGGUCAUGCGGGACAGGCCUGCAGGUCCGCCAGAGAGCCUGCGCCCGGCGAGCUGACGAUGUUCUGCGCCAUUGCCUGGGAGAGGAGACUCAGGCCCAGCAGUGCUUCUCUGUGGCUUGCCCAGUGGAUGGCAGAUGGAGCGAAUGGACAACGUGGUCCAACUGCACCCAGGACUGCCGUGGGCUGGUGGUACGGCGCCGGGAAUGCCUGCCAUCCCAGAAUGGGGGGCUGCAUUGUACUGAGAUGCCGGAGGCUUCAGCCAGCUCUCUGGAAAUCCAGCUCUGUGAACAGGAAGAUUGCCGCAAUGCCUCCACCUGCCCUGGGGAGCUGGUCAGCUGGAAGUGCGCACCCUGCCCCACAUCAUGCGCUGAGCUCUCCAGCCGCACCAGGUGCAGGAAAGACAGGCCCUGCAGGCCAGGUUGCUGGUGUCCCGAAGGUCUGGUCUUGAACAGCGAGCAGCAAUGUGUGCGCCCACGGGAAUGCCCCUGUCAGGUGGAGGGUGUCCGCUACUGGCCUGGCCAGCUGGUCAAGAUCAACUGCCGGAUCUGCACCUGUCAGGACGGUCAGAUGAAGCGCUGCCGGCAGAACCCAGAAUGUACAGUGAAUUGUGGCUGGUCUUCCUGGUCCCCUUGGGGGGACUGCUUGGGCCCCUGUGGUGUGCAGAGCAUCCAGUGGUCUUUCCGCAGCCCCAACAAUCCCAGCAAGCAUGGCAAUGGGCGGCAGUGCCGGGGCAUUUACCGCAAGGCCCGGAGGUGCCAGACAGAGCCGUGUGAGGAGUGUGAACACCAUGGCCGGGCUCAUGCCAUUGGUGACCGCUGGCGCUCAGGGCAAUGUCAAGUGUGCCAGUGCCUUCCCAACCUGAUGGUGCAGUGCUCUCAGUAUUGCCCCUACAGCACAGUGCCCUGCCCUGAGGGCCGAAUCUUAGUGGAGGGCCGAGGAGACUCCUGCUGCUACUGCAUGGAGGCUGCUGAGAACCAAACAGUGAUGCCCACGGUGCCAGCGGUGGGACCCUUGUGGCCCACAGUGGUCAGUUCAGCGGCCUUCUCCACAGCUGUGCCACUCAGCACCUUCCCUCUGCCCCCGCUGGGAGACCUUUGCUAUGGACCCCUGGGCAUCGCCUCCUUGCCAGAUGCCAGUUUCAGUGCCUCCUCAGAACAGCUGGAGAAUCCAGCGCACGCCGCACGCCUCAACCGCCUCCUGCCCAGCGUGGAUCUGCAGGGAUGGGGCCCCCCAGCGGAGGUCUACCCCGAGCUCCUCUCUCAGCCCCCUUUCUUGGAAGUUGAUCUCGGGGAGCCCAGGAACCUGACAGGGGUGGUGGUUCAAGGGGCAGGAUCCUCUGAUGCCUACGUGACCAGCUUCUUCCUGCAAUUUAGCCUGGAUGGUGUGAGGUGGCAUGACUACCACGAGAUUUCCUCCCUCUUCCAAGGGAAUUCCGAUGACACAACUCCUGUGGUGCGGACCUUCCAGCGCACGGUGCAAGCCCAGCAUGUCCGCAUCCUCCCCCGUGACUUCCACAACGGGAUCUUCUUGCGCAUGGAGCUGUUGGGCUGUGGGAAAGGUGGGAUCAAGAGGUUGUCCCCCGAGCGGCCUGAAGUGCCCACAGCACCAGUGGGGCAGCGGCCUUGCCGGACUGGCGAGUUCCAGUGCCAGAACAGGCGGUGCGUUCAGGCUGGGCCCAACGGCACCAUUUGCAACGGGGUCGAUGACUGUGGGGACCUCUCCGACGAGUGGCGUUGCGGAGUCGCUCCGUCCCCAGCGCCUGCCUCGGCCCUCGUGGCUGCUCAUCCUCCCAGUUCCAGUGUGCCCUGUCCAGCCUCUGCAUGGAAGCGUCCCAGAGAUCGAUGGAUGUGCCAACUGCCCAGAGCCUCCGACGAGUUUGAUUGCCCCACGCCUUCAGCUGGCACUGCCAGCCCUGGACCUCUGGAGGAAGCAUCCAUGCAGUCAUCUGUACCCCACCUGAGCCAGGUCUGUGCUACAAAACCUCUUGGCCUGGAAGACGGACGCGUUCAUUACCAGCAGCUGAGUGCCUCCUCCUUCCGAGAUGGGAACCCCCCGGACGCCGGGCGCCUCAACGCUGUGCCCACUAUGUGCGUAAUGGCGGGAGGAGGCUUUGAGAGACCCCCCUGUCUUGAGGAGAUGCCCAAGGAGAUAGAAAGGGGCCCUGAGAGGCAGCGCAUGGAUCCCGGGUGGAGCCCACGCCAGUCGGACCCCAGGCCCUUCUUCCCAGGUGGACUUCUCCCAGCCCACUUUCAUCACAGCAGUGGUCACCCAAGGCUCGCCCCGCGGCUAUGUCUCCCACUACCCCUGGCCUACCAGUUACGAUGGUCCUGGGGGAACUCUGACGGUACCACUCCAGUCCGGCAGGACCUGAGCCCAGCCAUCUUGACCCGCAUCCUGCGCUUAGUGCCCACAGAGCAUCAUGGGCAUCUCCUUGCGCAUGGAGGCACUCGGCUGCCCUUGGACGGACAUGAUCUCCACCAGCAGCAGCCCAGUUCCAGCUGCAGCCAGUCCGGGCUCUCCUUCGUGGGAGAAGCUCUCUGCCACCGAGGCUCACAGGGACACCAGAGUCCUGGCUCCCCGGAGUGCCAUCAAGGUGAAACCAGCCUUUGGGACAGGCACCUCAGCACCCCAGAAGACAACCAUCCCCUCUGCCUGUCUCCGGAGGCUCAGGGCCUUUUCAGGACCACCUCUCAGCCGCGGACCCCCUGUGCCAGCGCGAUGGCCAGGACCCCUGGUACCACUGAGCCGCCUGUGUUCCCCACCUUUCCAUUCCACCCGGGAACACCGGGUCUGCAACCCACGCUCCUGGGGCCGACUCACAGCCCCAUCCCUGGCCUUCCCAGAAUCCUUUGCACCCAGGGGCAGUUUGCCUGCGAGGUGUUUGGCUGCGUAGAGGCCGCCUUCGUCUGCGAUGGCGAGGAGGACUGUUUGGAUGGAUCUGAUGAGACACAUUGCGGGGGCCCAACUGCUCCCCCCAUCCCCACCGUGGCCCCUCUGUCUCCAGUGGGACCCCCCAGCCCCUGCUCUACCAAGCAGUUCUCCUGCAGCAGUGGGGAAUGCCUGGCGCUGGAGCGGCGCUGUGACCUGCGCCAUGACUGCCAGGACGGAUCUGAUGAGGCCAACUGUGUGGAUUGUAUCCUGUCUCCCUGGAACAUGUGGAGCGAAUGCAGCCGGUCAUGUGGGCUUGGUGUGACCUUCCGCCGCCGGGAUUUGCUCCGCAAUGCCCUUCCCGGGGGAGAGUGUGACCGAAAUGAAUUCGACAGCCGCUCGUGCUUCCUCCAGGCCUGUCCAGUAAACGGCGGAUGGGCCUCCUGGGGCGAAUGGUCCGACUGUGAUGCCGAGUGCCGGGGUGGAAUCAGGAGCCGCACUAGGGCCUGCGCUGACCCACCGCCCAAGAAUGGGGGGCAGCCAUGUCCAGGGGACGCUGUGCAGAUGGAGACUUGCAACCAGCAGCCCUGCGGAGAUGCCCGGGACUGUGGCCCGGACAUGGUCUAUGUUCAAGCCGGACACUGCGAGCGAGGCCUCGUGGCUCCUUGUCCCCAGACCUGCCAGCAACUGAGCACCACAACGACUUGCCACAGCAGCUGUGUGGAGGGCUGUCGAUGCCCCCCAGGGCUGUUCCUGCAGGACGGGGGCUGUGUGAACGGUCAUCAGUGCCACUCAGCUCGAAACAAAGCAGCGCCUCGAAAUGUCUGCCUGGAUGGCGUCGUGACCUGUGACUCCGUGGCCUGCCCUGUGAACUGUGGCUGGUCGGCGUGGUCUCCGUGGACACCCUGUGGCCGGAGCUGUGGGACUGGCAUGCAACAGAGAUUUCGGUCCCCUUCCAACCCAGCAGCUGCCAGGGGUGCCCCAUGUCAAGGGGAUGCCCAGAGGUGCGCAGAGUGUCACACCCGCCUGCAUCUCAGAAUUGCGUUCCUCUGGAGCAAUGGACCCCCUGUGGAAGUUAUCUGGACUCCUGGACAGCCUGGUCCAAGUGCUCAGCUCCAUGCGACUCUGGAGUUCAACCCCGCAACCGCACUGCUCCAGAACUGCCUAUGGGGGCCCAAUGCUCUGGGCCCCUAUCCAGACCCAGGAUGCACCCAGCCCUGCAAAGGAGUCGCUCCGUCCCCAGCGCCUGCCUCGGCCCUCGGUGGCUGCUCAUCCUCCCAGUUCCAGUGUGCCCUGUCCAGCCUCUGCAUGGAAGCGUCCCAGAGAUGCGAUGGAAUCGCCAACUGCCCAGACGCCUCCGACGAGUUUGAUUGCCCCACGCCUCUAGCUGGCACUGCCAGCCCCUGGACCUCUGGAAGGAAGCAUCCAGUACAGUCAUCUGUACCCCACCUGAGCCAGGUAGAAGCCCUCGUGUGGCGGGAGGGGUCAAGCAACCCACUUCAGAUUUGGGGCCAGGGUUGGACAGCAGGGAGUGGCUUCCAUGCCACUGGGACAGUGAACCUGCUCUGGGAUGUAGUCCUCAAGGUGACCCCAGGCGGAUGGCCACUUCCCGAGGGCUUUACCCCGACCCCACCAGGUCUGUGCUACAAACCUCUUGGCCUGGAAGACGGACGCGUUCAUUACCAGCAGCUGAGUGCCUCCUCCUUCCGAGAUGGGAACCCCCCGGACGCCGGGCGCCUCAACGCUGUGCCCACUAUGCAGCGCAUGGAUCCCGGGUGGAGCCCACGCCAGUCGGACCCCAGGCCCUUCUUCCAGGUGGACUUCCUCCAGCCCACUUUCAUCACCGCAGUGGUCACCCAAGGCUCGCCCCGCGGCUAUGUCUCCCACUACCGCCUGGCCUACAGUUACGAUGGUAUCCACUUUCGGAAUUACACAAGGGCCAGAAUUGGCCUGGCAAAGUCCUCACAGGGCCAGGUCCUGGAGGGAAACUCUGACGGUACCACUCCAGUCCGGCAGGACCUGAGCCCAGCCAUCUUGACCCGCAUCCUGCGCUUAGUGCCCACAGAGCAUCAUGGAAGCAUCUCCUUGCGCAUGGAGGCACUCGGCUGCCCUUGGACGGACAUGAUGAUCUCCACCAGCAGCAGCCCAGUGCCAGCUGCAGCCAGUCCUGGGCUCUCCUUCGUGGGAGAAGCGUCUCUGCCACCGAGGCUCACAGGGACACCAGAGUCCUGGCUCCCCGGAGUGCCAUCAAGGGUGAAACCAGCCUUUGGGACAGGCACCUCAGCACCCCAGAAGACAACCAUCCCCUCUGCCUUGUCUCCGGAGGCUCAGGGCCUUUUCAGGACCACCUCUCAGCCGCUGGGACCCCCUGUGCCAAGCGCGAUGGCCAGGACCCCUGGUACCACUGAGCCGCCUGUGUUCCCCACCUUUCCAUUCCACCCGGGAACACCGGGUCUGCAACCCACGCUCCUGGGGGGCCCAACUGCUCCCCCCAUCCCCACUGUGGCCCCUCUGUCUCCAGUGGGACCCCCAGCCCCUGCUCUACCAAGCAGUUCUCCUGCAGCAGUGGGGAAUGCCUGGCGCUGGAGCGGCGCUGUGACCUGCGCCAUGACUGCCAGCGGAUCUGAUGAGGCCAACUGUGGUAGUCUUCCGAUCGCUCUUUCCUGUGAUGGAUUGCAUCCUGUCUCCCUGGAACAUGUGGAGCGAAUGCAGCCCGUCAUGUGGGCUUGGUGUGACCUUCCGCCGCCGGUUGCUCCGCACAUGCCCUUCCCGGGGGAGAGUGUGACCGAAAUGAAUUCGACAGCCCUCGUGCUUCCUCCAGGCCUGUCCAGACUGUGGCCCGGACAUGGUCUAUGUUCAAGCCGGACACUGCGAGCGAGGCCUCGUGGCUCCUUGUCCCCAGACCUGCCAGCAACUGAGCACCACAACGACUUGCCACAGCAGCUUGUGGGGGGCUGUCGAUGCCCCCGGGCUGUUCUGCAGGACGGGGGCUGUGUGAACGUCAGCCAGUGCCACUGCCUCUUUGACCAGGAGCAGCAAACACGCCCAGGAGAGAUGUUCCUAAGGGAAAACUGCCGCAGUGGUGAGUGGAGAACUGUGGGCCCAACCACCGCUGCCACCCCCCACCCCCCACCCCCCGACAGCCACAAAGAGCUUUCCGCCAGAAGCCGCCAGAUGUGGGGCUAUGCAGAUGAGCACCAGGUCCUUCAAAACCAGCAGCUGCCCAUGGGGGUUCCCCCAUGUCAAGGGGAUGCCCAGAGAGGUGGCGAGUGUCACACCGCCUGCAUCUCAGGAUUGCUUUCUCUGGAGCAACUGGACCCCCUGGUCUCCUUGCUCCAAGACCUGUUUUACGCCCGGAUUCGGUCGGAUGUGGAGCGUUUUCCGGCAGUGGAAGGUAUCUGGACUCCCUGGACAGCCUGGUCCAAGUGCUCAGCUCCAUGCGACUCUGGAGUUCAAACCCGCAACCGCACCUGCUCCAGACCUGCCUAUGGGGGCCCAGAAUGCUCUGGGCCCCUUAUCCAGACCCAGGAUUGCAACACCCAGCCCUGCAAAGCGCAGUGCCCAGGAAACAUGGUCUACCAGACGGUGGAGGAGUGCCAGCAGAAAGGAGGUGCCUGCCCUCGCCUGUGCCUGGACCAGGGCUCCCAGGUGGAGUGUACGUCUGUCUGCCGCACAGGGUGCGCCUGUCCGGAGGGGCUCUUCCUCCACAACGAGACCUGCCUGCCCCUCAGCCAAUGCUCCUGCUACCACCAGGACGAGAUCUACCCACCAGGCAGCACCCUCCCGCUGGACGCCUGCAACAACUGCACCUGUGUCGAUGGGCAGAUGGCAUGCACUAUGGAGCCCUGCCCAGCCAACUGCAGCUGGAGCGCAUGGACAGCCUGGAGCACCUGCAGCCGAACCUGCAACGUGGGCACACGGCGUCGCUACCACUCACGCUCUGAGCCACCCACCACUGCUGGGGGAGAGCCAUGCCAGGGGUCCAAUGUGGAAAUUGAGUUCUGUAGCCUUCAGCCAUGCCAGGGUCUGGGCGCGGAAUGGGGUCCGUGGUCCGAGUGCUCUGUGCCCUGUGGGGGUGGCUACCAGAACCGGACGAAGGCAAGCCCAAAUAUCCUGCACAGGAUCCAGUUUGCUACCUGCAACCUUCAUCCCUGCAAAGGUGAGACGCCCGGUGACUGCCCCGAGGGGAAGGUAUGGCUGGAGUGUGCAGACGAACCAGCCUCUUGUGCAGAGCUCAGCUUGGAGGCUGAUGCCAGUAACGGGUCCUGCCGGGCCGGGUGCUACUGCCCCAAUGCCACCGUCCUGCUGGUGAGCGUGGCCGCCUCUUCUUGGCUAAGAAGAAGUCUGGACUGCUCUUCCGUGGAGUGGCUCAUCUUCAGCAAACUGCGGGGCCCACCUUGCCCCCGUUCAUGCGACGACAUCUUGCACUGCUUGUGGGCCUGUGAGCCUGGCUGCUACUGCACCGGUGGGCAAGUCCUGAACGAAAAUGGCACGGCUUGCAUCGAGAAGCAUGGCUGCACCUGCUGGACCUUCUCUCUGGCCAACGGUUCCUCCCGGGGAGAAACUGUCCCUCAAUCAGAUGGCUGCACAAACCUGGUAAGGCUGGCCAAGGAGAGUUCUAGGCAGCUGUGCGACUGGGCCCCAUGGAGCCCCUGCUCAGCAUGUGGCACGAGAUGUGUGACCCGUUACCGGACAUGCAGUUGCCCCAAGCCCCAACAGGGGGUCCCGAGUGUGAAGGGGCGCAAGAAUAUCAUGGAACAGCGGCGUGCAGCUGCAGAGGAAAGGUGCCCCACUGCCACUUUCUGCCCAGAGCAAGAGAUGAAAUGGAGUGGAUGGAGCCUGAGCACGUGGAGUCCAUGGCCGCCUUGUGAUGCCUGCGCAGGUGAAUCUGUGAGGAGCAGGAAGUGCAACAACCCUCCUGCCCGCUUUGGGGGUCUGCUGUGCACUGGGAAAGCCCUUCAGAGCCGCCCGUGCCACAACGGAAACACAACAUGUGAAGGUGCCCCGGAAGGAGGGAACCUCUCAUCCUGGGCAGGACUGCCCCCCUGGAAGUAUGUCCAGCCAGGGGAGACGAUAUAUGGGCCCUGCCAGAACUGCACCUGUGUGGCCGGUCAGCUGCAGUGCCGCCUUGAUCCCUGGUGCCGCCUGGAUGGCGGCUGGAGCUCCUGGGGGCCAUGGUCCCCUUGCAGCCAGAGCUGUGGGCUGGGGGCCCAGAUCCGCUUCCGGGAAUGCAGCAACCCACCCCCUCAGAAUGGAGGACGGGGCUGUUUGGGCAGCGCAGAGCAGCGGAGACCCUGCCAAGACCAGGAGGACUGUCCAGAAGAGGACGCAUGGGGCCCCUGGGCCCUCUGGACCCCCUGCAGCGUCUCUUGCGGCGGCGGAGAACAAGUGCGCCAUCGCCAAUGCCAGCAGCUGGAGUGCCACAGGUUGGCCAACACCCAGAGCAAGACCUGCAACACUCAAGUGUGUCUCGAGGUGGGCUGCCCGGAGGGGCGAUUGUAUCGGGAGUGCUUGAAGGAAGAGGGAUGUCCCUACAGCUGCGCCCACCUCACCCGGCAGAUGGACUGUUUCUCGGACGGCUGCGAAGAGGGUUGCCACUGCCCAGUGGGCACCUACCAGCACCAGGGAGCCUGUGUCCAGGAGUGUCCCUGCAUCCUAAGCGAGGAGGCCCUGAAGACCCUCCGCAGCCACUCCUUGGGCCCCGGCCACCCUCCGGCCGUCCUGGGUGCCCAUGGUCAGCCACUGUCUCCAGGAGACGAGGUGGAACCCAAUGGCACCAUCUAUUCUGCCUGCAGCAACUGCUCCUGCCGCAAUGGACAACUGGACUGUGCCUUCUCCCUCUGCCCCAUUGACGGGGGCUUCUCCCUCUGGAGCCCCUGGAGCCCCUGUUCCUUGACCUGCGGGGGGCUGGGGAACAUGACCAGGGGCCGCGACUGCACCAACCCCAUCCCUGCCAACGGGGGCAAGGACUGCCUCGGUCCUCGGGUUGAUAUCAAGUACUGCCAGACACUGGAUUGCACAGCUCUGGCUGGACCCACCAAAGAGCCCGUCUCUGGCCUCCCAGGCCCUGAGAGGGACAGCUUCACUCCCUGGACGUCCUGGACACCCUGCUCAAAAACAUGCAGCGAUCCAGAGCUCCCGGCCAUCAAGACCCGCAUUCGCUUUUGCCUGGGAAGGGCCAGCUGUACCGGGGAGGCCUUCCAGGAGCGAGAAUGCAACUUGCCCCAGUGCACUGAUGCCCCAUUGUGCCAAGGUGAGGAAUGCUUGGGCCUCAACUGCACCUGGACCCCAUGGGCCCCCUGGAGCGCCUGUUCCCGCAGCUGUGGGGUGGGGCAGCAAUGGCGCCUACGCACCUACCACCCUCCGGGGCAAGGAGGGCACUGGUGCCCAGACAUCCUGACGGGCAACAUGGAACGGCGCUUCUGCAACCUCCAGGCCUGCAAAGUGGACGGGGCCUGGUCCAAAUGGAGCCCCUGGUCCUGGUGUGACCGUCUCUGUGGCGGGGGGCGCUCUUCUCGCACCCGGGCCUGCACCAGCCCCCCACCCAAGAAUGGAGGGCGCCCCUGCCCAGGAGAGAAGUACCACGUCCGUAUCUGCAACCCCAAGCCCUGCGAAGAAAGUUGCCCUCCACCCAUGCGCCUGGAAGACUGCGCCAAUGCCUGCCCACGCCACUGCUGGGAUCUCCAGGAGGGCAUUGAGUGCCAAGACGGGGAGGCCUGUGAGCCUGGCUGCCGUUGCCCGGAAGGGACCCUGGAGCAGGAUGGUACCUGUGUCUCCCCUGCGCACUGUGAAUGCACAGACUCCCAGGGGCACAGCUGGGCACCAGGAAGCCUCCAUGACGAUGGCUGCAACAACUGCUCCUGCCUGGAGGGUCGGCUCCUCUGCACCAACCACACCUGCCUGCCCAGCGAGUGCGCCUGGAGCCUCUGGUCCGGCUGGGCCUCCUGCAGCGUCACCUGCGGGCAAGGACUGCGCACCCGGUUCAGGACUUCCACUUCUGGAUCAUGGGCUCCGGAGUGCCUCAAGGAGCAGCAGCAGAACCACCUCUGUGCCCCGGGGCCCUGCCCAGCUCUCUGUCUCCAUGAGGGCCACCAGAUGCAGCUGGGCACCACCUGGCUCCUGGGGGAGUGCCAGCAAUGUAUUUGUACCCCAGAAGGUGUCUACUGCCUGGAUGUCGCAUGCGCAGUAAAUGGUGCCUGGACCCCGUGGUCGCCUUGGUCCGACUGUCCUGCCACCUGUGGCCGCAGCACACAGAUUCGCACGCGGGCCUGCAUCAACCCGCCGCCACGCAACAACGGCUUGCCCUGCACCGGCCCUGAGGUCCAGGCCCAGAACUGUUCCAGCUUGCCCUGCCCAGGGGAUGAGCCAUGUCCCUGGUCCCCCUGGGGCCCAUGUUCGAGGUCUUGCGGAACCGGCUUGGCCUCCCGCACAGGGCUGUGCAGCUGCCCGUCCCCCGAGGAUGCUGGAGGGGCGCCAUGCAAUCACAGCCUCCGCCAAGAGGUGGCAGCGUGUUACCUCCAGGGCUGUCCCGCAGAGUGUCCCUGGAGCUCCUGGACAGCUUGGACCCGAUGCUCCUGCAGUUUCCUGGUGCAGCAGCGCUACCGGAACCAGCAGGGCUCUGGGGCGGACGGAGAGCCUUGCGUGGGGCUGGAUGGGCAGUUCCGCAUGUGCGACUAUUCCCAGUGCGCAGAGUCCAGCUGUGAGCCCCCCUUUGAGUUCCAGGCCUGCGGUUCCCCCUGCGACAGCCUCUGCUCCACCUUGCGCCACCCAGAACUGUGCCAGGGCAUCCUCCGCUGCCUGCCUGGCUGCUAUUGCCCGCAGGGCCUGGUGGAGCAAAAUGGAGCCUGUGUCCCACCUUCUCAGUGUGGCUGCCUCCACCUGAGCCAGGCAGGUGCCCCUGUCUACCUGGCAGCUGGAGAGACCCUUCCGAUCGGUUGCAAGGAGUGUGUUUGUCAACAUGGGGACCUCCAAUGCAGAAGUGAUGGCUGUGAAGGGCUGCUGCCUCUGAGCACCUGGUCAGAGUGGACCCCCUGCUCCCCUUGCCUACCUCUGCUGCCCUGGCCCCAAGAAGACCCAUCUCCCCAGACGGCCCUGGUCUCCCUGCAGCACCGCUAUCGCCUGUGCCUGGACCCCCAAACGGGCAGAGCCUGGGAGGGGCAGGAGAGCCUGUGUUCGGCUGAGCUGGAGCAGGAGCAGCUGUGUCCCGACCCACACGCUUGUGAAGAUUUCUGCCUCUGGAGUGACUGGGGCCCCUGGAGUCCGUGUCGCGAGCCUUGCAGUGGGGGGGUUCGGACACGCUUGCGCUCCACCCACCAUUCAGCUGAUGAGCGCCGCUGCCAAGGACCGUGGUCCCAGUCAGAGAGUUGCAACACAGCCGCCUGUCCAGGGGAAGAGUGUGAAGAUCGGGGCAAAGUCCAUGUUGCCAUCUGUGCCAAUGGCUGCCCACGCACCUGCACUGACCUCUGGGAACAUGUUGAGUGCCUGCAAGGGGGAUGCAAGCAAGGAUGUCGGUGUCCAGAAGGGCAGCUCCUGCAGGACGGGGCCUGUGUCCCGAUCCCCACUUGCCGCUGUGGACUCCCCACAUUCAACAGCACCCUGGAGUUUAUGCCUGGGCAGCUGGAAGAACUGGAUUGUCAUAACUGCACCUGUGUCAAUGGCACCUUUGUGUGUCCAGACCAGGAGUGUCCCUCCUAUGGAGAGUGGUCAGCAUGGACCUCCUGCUCGGCCAGCUGCGGAGGGGGGAAUGCCCUGCGCCACCGCCUCUGUCACGAGGCGCCCGGAGGAGCCCCCUGUGCAGCCGACACCAUGGAGGAAGUUGUGUCCUGCAACCCACAGCCUUGCCCCACCGGCUGCCUGCUGAGCGAGUGGUCGGCUUGGAGCCCCUGCAGCGCCAGCUGUGGAAGAGGUGUCUCUGAGAGGAGCCGAGACCCGCUGUCCCCACUGGAGGAAGAGCCCUGUCCGGGCCCCAUGUUGCAGCACCAGGUGUGCAACACUCAAAACUGCACCCCAGAAUGCCCAGAUACCCAGAUAUAUAGCCACUGCGCCAACACCUGCCCACAAACGUGCUCCGAUCUGCACCCACAAACCCAGUGCCUUCAGGAAGAAUGCCAGCCAGGCUGUACCUGCCCCUCCGGCCAGGUGCUUCAGGACGGGGUCUGUGUCCCCCUAGAAGCGUGCCGCUGCUCAUUCGACCCAGUCCCUCCCUUGCCCUGGGCUGCCAACUUGUCCCAAGAGGAACGGAUGCAGGAGCACCCACCUGGCAGCAUCAUUUGGCAUGAGUGCAACAGCUGCAUCUGCCAGAAGGGAGCCUUCAGCUGCACCCAGAAUGACUGCAAUGUGCCGUGCAUUUGGUCCGAAUGGUCUGCCUGGUCCCCCUGCUCUGUGACGUGUGGCGAUGGGGAGCGGGUCUCCCGGCGUUACCAGCUCCAGCAACGCCUCUACGGGGGUGCCGAGUGCGAGGGGCCACCGGUGCGCUGGACAUCCUGUUCCCUCUCGGACUGCGCCUGCCCCAUUGGGGAACACUGGCUCAGAGCGGACUCCCCCGGUCCCUGUGAGCGAAGCUGCCACCAGAUCUAUGAGGAUCCACCCCAGAAUUGCAGCAGAGGCCCCACACAGGGCUGCGUGUGCCAGCCGGGGCUCUACCGGAACAGUAGUGGGAACUGCGUUGUGGCCGCUCUCUGCGAGUGUGAACACCAAGGCCAGACUUACCUGGCUGGUGCCGAAUGGCAAGAUGGCUGCUUUGUUUGCCGCUGCUUGAACGGGAGACCGGCGUGCGAGGAUGGCUGCCCACCACUCACCUGUCAUGAGGGAGAAGCCAAAGUCCAGGAGCCCGACAGCUGCUGCCCCAUCUGUAGGAAGAAGGAGCCGCCAGAGCCACAGUCGCACUGCCAACACUACACUGAGCUGCGCAACAUCACCAAGGGGCCCUGCUCCCUGGCAGACGUGGCGGUCAGCUUCUGCAGUGGGUGGUGCACCUCCCACACCAACGUCAUCCCAGAGGAACCGUACCUGCAGACCUUGUGUGAGUGCUGCAGCUACCGCCUGGACCCAGUCAGUCCCGUCCGCAUCCUGAACCUGCGGUGCCAAAAUGGCGAGACAGAGCCGGUAGUCCUUCCCGUCAUCCACGCCUGCGAGUGCAGCAGCUGCCAAAGUGAGUCUAUGCAUGGCGUGUGGGGCAUGAGAGCUGUAGAGGAGGGGCAGGGGCUCAUAGAUGUAUAA